ACGUGUCAGGGCUUCCUGUAUGCUGCUGCCGCCGGGUGUCCAUGGCCCGCACCCGCAAGCUGCCACUGCAGCAGUCAGAGUGGCAGCUGAAGGCUCGGUUCAUGCCGUGUCCCCAGGCAGUACUGGCAAGGCUGAGCAAGAGGCCUCUGCAUCUUGACACCUAGGAGAGCAGGGACGGAGUCUCCCAGGGUGGAGGACCAUGCUGCGCCGCAAGCCCUCCAAUGCCAGUGAGAAGGAGCCCACUCAGAAGAAAAAGCUCUCCCUUCAGCGCUCCAGCAGCUUCAAGGAUUUUGCCAAAUCCAAACCCAGCUCCCCUGUGGUGAGCGAGAAGGAGUUUAAUCUGGAUGAUAACAUUCCAGAAGAUGACUCAGGUGUCCCCACCCCAGAGGAUGCUGGGAAGAGUGGCAAAAAGCUGGGGAAGAAGUGGAGGGCAGUGAUUUCCCGAACCAUGAACAGGAAGAUGGGCAAGAUGAUGGUGAAGGCCCUGUCAGAAGAGAUGGGAGACACUCUGGAGGAGGGCUCUGCCUCCCCGACAUCUCCAGACUAUACCCUGGACAGCCCUGGCCCUGAGAAGAUGGCACUGGCCUUUUCUGAGCAAGAGGAGCGUGAACUUCCGGUGCUCAGCCGCCAGGCGUCAACAGGCAGUGAGCUCUGCAGCCCCAGCCCAGGUUCUGGCAGCUUCGGGGAGGAACCACCUGCCCCCCAGUACACAGGGCCCUUCUGUGGCCGAGCACGAGUCCACACCGACUUCACUCCCAGCCCCUAUGACCACGACUCGCUGAAACUGCAGGUAAGGUCAGCAUCCGGGCUUCUCUGGAGCCUGGCAGGCUGCGCCCAAAAAGGAAGCUGGACUGAACCAGGCUAUGAGAGUGUCAGUGGAGGCCAAGGCCCCCCAUCUCCUCUCUCCCUUGCUCCCUUCUCCUCUCCUCUCCCCCAACAGAAAGGAGAUGUGAUCCAGAUCAUUGAAAAGCCACCUGUGGGCACGUGGCUGGGCCUACUCAAUGGCAAGGUGGGCUCUUUCAAAUUCAUCUAUGUGGAUGUGCUGCCCGAGGAGGCCGUGGGGCAUGCCCGACCCAGCCGCCGACAGAGCAAGGGCAAGAGGCCCAAGCCUAAGACCCUGCAUGAGCUGCUGGAGCGCAUCGGCCUGGAGGAGCACACGUCCACCCUCCUGCUCAAUGGCUACCAGACACUAGAGGACUUCAAAGAGCUGCGAGAAACACACCUCAAUGAGCUGAACAUCAUGGACCCGCAGCACCGGGCCAAGCUGCUCACGGCCGCCGAGCUGCUGCUGGACUAUGACACUGGCAGCGAGGAGGCAGAAGAGGGCGCCGAGAGCAGCCAGGAGCCAGUGGCACACACAGUGUCGGAACCCAAAGUGGACAUCCCGCGCGACUCAGGCUGCUUUGAGGGCUCGGAGAGCGGGCGCGAUGAGGCAGAGCUGGCAGGCACUGAGGAGCAGCUGCAGGGCCUCUCCCUGGCCGGGGCACCUUGAGGUGGUGGUGGCAAUAGCCCAAGGCUGGGACCCAGCUGCAAAGACUGCAGGAGUGGGCUCAGCCUCCCGUGGUGGCCCAGGCCCUGAGGACUGGCACUGAGCCUGGCCCUGCUUCCCCAGGGACACUUAGGCAGAGGCCAGGCCAGGGUCCUACAGGUUCCAGGCUCAGCUGGAGUGGUUGGGGAGUCGCCCAAGGGCACAUCCCACCUGCCUGAGCCCCACCCUCCACCAGCGACUGACAGCUCAGUCCCUCUUGGCACCAACUGCUCCCCCGCCAUAGCCAUGGCCACAGCAAGCGGGGCACUGGGAGACCCUGCCCAUGUCCCUCACCACCAAGGCCUCCAAAUCCUCCUCACCCCCACACCACCUACCCCUGUCGCACUGCUCCUGAAAAGGGGACCAAGUCAAUGUUUCAGGUCAGUCUAAAAACCCUAGGGAAGCUGGCCAUUUAGAAGAACCCAAACUGACCAUGGGUAAAUCCAGUUCCCCUAAAUAAGGCCUGAAGAAAUCCACAAGUACCAUUCCCACUUUCCUUCUCCUUAGCUUUCUUAGAGUUUUGGCCACUAAAUCCUAUGAGACUUGAACCAAGUGGCUUCCUCUUUCUAGGCUUAGGACUGGUUGGGAUUAGAAUGGAUGAUCACCGAAGGCCUUGCCUGCUCUGACAUUCUGUGACAUUAAAUGUCUAUUCUCCUGUUACCUGUGGCCUGGGACACCAGUGGGGUUUAUCAAGGGGACCAGAGGGGCCUCAGGCUUUCAGAUGAAAUGGCUCCUCCUACCCACCCACUUUAUUCCUCCCCAUGUAACUCAAGACAAGCUGCAACUUCCCCCAGCUUAACACAAUGCCUAUACCUCAUACAACAUGCGCCCUCCCCUUCCAUUCCUGGCCCCCUCAAACGAGACUUCUCACAGGGCUGAUUGCAGAUGGUCAAACCUGGCUUCCAAGGACAGAAUUGCCUCUCAGAAGCCAGUUGCAGAUCUGGGUCCAGAGUUGGCCACUUGUGUGGGUUCUCACAAGCAAAGAGAGCACUAAACUUGACACUGGGGGUCCACCACUCCACUUUGCUUUCUGAAGGUUUUGGUGUACACUGAGGCCCAGAAGGAAAGGAGAGUAUCUGUGAGUGGGGGCCUCCCUUGACCCUGGUACCAAGUCUGUGCCCUGAAUCCCCAGAGUAGCCCUUCUCUGGUGCCCAACUGGCCUGGGGACAAACAGCGUCCACUACAUCCAGGACUGCCGGCUAAGUGGACACACUUCUUGACCUCCUACCAGGAACUUUGGUAAAAGCUAGCCUUGGGGAAGGGGUUGGGUGUAAAUAUGAGUAAAUAUGAGAGGGUGGAGGGAGACCAGCUGUUAGCAAUAAACAUGGGUAGAACUAAA